UAAAACUUUAAAGCCUUUUAAAGCUUAUAUAUAACCAAUCUCUUUGUUUUACGAAUGAUGGCAGUCUCCAACACAAUUGAUUUUCAGGCCACAGUUGACAAAAGUUAUGACAGAAUGAGUGAGUUACAAGCCUUUGAAGAUACUAAGGCUGGUGUCAAAGGGCUUGUCGAUGCUGGAAUUACUGAGGUUCCUCGAAUGUUCAUUCAACCACAAAAAAUACAAGAGUCCUUAAACAGCUGUUGCGCGACGAAGUUUAUUUUCCCAGUGAUUGAUCUUGAAGGCUUUGAUAAGGAUCCAAUCAAGCAUAAAGAGAUUGUGGAUAAAGUUCGAGAUGCAUCGGAGACAUGGGGCUUCUUUCAAGUGAUCAAUCAUGGCAUACCAUUACCUGUCCUGGAAGAAAUGUUGCAAGGAACACGACGAUUCUUUGAGCAAGAUAUUGAGAUUAAGAAACAAUAUUAUACUCGAGAUAAUAACAAAGUGGUGGUUCAUUAUAGCAAUCAUGAUUUGUUUAGUCCUUCUGUUCCAGCUACAAAUUGGAGAGACUCAUUCAUCUGUUUAAUGGCUCCAUAUUAUCCUAGUCCUGAGGAAUUGCCAGCAGCAUGCAGGGAAAUACUAAUGGAGUUCUCUAAACAUGUCAUGAAAUUGGGCAUAUCCUUAUUUGAAUUAUUGUCUGAGGGUCUUGGUCUCGAUCCAUCUCAUCUCAUAAAUAUGGAUUGUGCCGAGGGGCUGCGCGUUUUAGGCCAUUACUAUCCAGCAUGCCCUCAGCCAGAACUCACAAUGGGCACCAGCAAACAUUCUGACAAUAAUUUUAUCACAGUGCUUCUGCAAGAUGAGAUAGGAGGACUUCAAGUCCUUCACCAAAAUCAGUGGGUUAAUGUUCCUCCUACACCUGGUGCUCUUGUGGUGAACAUUGGAAAUCUUCUACAGCUCAUAUCAAAUGACAAGUAUCUAAGUGUUGAGCACAGAGUAUUGGCAAAUAAAGUUGGUCCAAGAGUAUCAGUUGCAAGCUUCUUCGAUACUGGUUCAGUUCCAACUCUCAAACUUUAUGGACCAAUUAAGGAAUUGUUGUCAGAAGAAAAUCCUCCAAAAUAUCGCGCAACCACUGUGAAAGACUAUGUUGAUUACUUUCGCGCAAAAGGUCUAGGUGGAACUUCUGCAUUGUUGCACUAUAGGAUCUAAUGAUAGCCAGUGGCGAAGCCAGAAAAUUGCCCAAGGGUGUUCAAACUUGAAAAAAAUAAAAAUA